AUGUCUUUCUUCUCUGAUGAGGCUCGCAUUCACAAUAUUGCCCGAACCUUCCAAUAUACUUUAGGUCAAAUCCUAGACCAACCGCAUCUGAAGCUCCGAGAGCUGAAUCUGAUUACAAAGGAAGAGAGACUCUCGCUGGCGAGUUGGAAUCCACCGAUUCCCGUCCAGCCUGCGAGCUGCAUUCAUACAGCGAUCCUGGAAACGUGUUCGAAAAGUCUACAUAAACCGGCAGUGAACGCGUGGGACGGCGAUCUUACAUAUGGUGAAUUGGAUGAGCUCUCAUCACGUUUGGCACAGCAUCUGGGCACACUCAACUUAUCUCCUGAGACCAUCAUCCCCCUUUGCUUCGAGAAAACCAAGUGGGCUAUUGUAGCGGUCCUGGGUGUUCUCCGCGCGGGUGCAGCAUAUGUAUUUGUUGACCCAGCAGCUCCGACUGCACGUACAAAGAGCGUCUGUGAGGAUGUGAAGGCGGAACUGAUGAUUUGCUCGACUGCAUGUCUAUCCACGGCCACCCGACUAGUUCCUGUGGCCAUCGCAGUGGAACACGUUGUGAAGAACACUCUAAGUCUAGAUACAGAAAAGGACCUAGUGGUGAAGCUCACUGAUCCUGUCUAUGCGGUAUUUACAUCAGGGUCAACAGGUCGACCCAAAGGUGUGGUGAUCGAGCAUGGGGGCUUUUUCCGACGAGCCAUGGCGAAUGGGCCAAUCCUCUCGUUGUCAAGCGACAGUCGAGUUCUUCAAUUUGCCAAUUUCGUGUUUGACGUCGCCAACCGCGACAUCCUCUACACGCUGCUAUUUGGAGGUUGCAUUUGCAUACCGUCUGACUCGCAGCGGUCUAACGAGCUCACGGCAUUCAUCAAUCAGCAACGGGUCAAUUGGGUCAGCAUAGCCCCUUCACCCAGCAGGAUCCUAGAUCCAGACAAAGUCCCUACUAUCCGAACACUGGUCCUUUGUGGUGAGCCCAUGAAUUCCAGUCUGGUAGCGAAGUGGGCAGACCGCGUCCACUUGAUCAACGCAUACGGACCAUCAGAGGCCACUACAAUCAGCUCCAUGGCUACUGUCACACGCUCAUCUAGUCCAACAAACAUUGGGAAGGGAUCAGGGAGCGUGUUAUGGAUUGUCGACCCAGCAGAUCCUGGCCGACUAGCCCCCAUCGGUGCUGUGGGAGAGUUGGUGAUUGAAAGCCCUAGUGUCGGUCGUGGGUACCUCAACCGCCCGGCAGAGACGGCCUCGUCCUUUCUCCCCACCACAGCUUGGCUCUCGCGAUUUCGCGCUGACUCGCCCUGCAGCUACCUGUACAAGACGGGUGAUCUGGUGCAGUACGCCGCAGAUGGCACGAUGCUGUUUUGCGGGCGCAAGGAUGGACAGGUCAAGAUCAGGGGUCAGCGGGUUGAUCUUGGUGAGAUCGAGCAUUGGAUCCAGCGGUCUCUGUCAUCUGAUACCAAGGUCAUUAUCGUUGUCGACCUGGUCGUGCCGAAAGGGCGUGAAACCGGCGUGUUGGUGGCCUUUUGUUCCCCCCAGGAUUCCCAAGCAGUGACGCUGGACGACCUACAAGAGAUUGUACCGAAGCUGGCGCACAGCUUGGAUAUUGCUCUGUCCCACAAUUUGCCAUCCUAUAUGAUACCCAGAGUUUACCUUCCUAUCCAAAGCAUCCCAACCACGGCAACAGGCAAAAUACACCGGCAGGGUCUCCGUCAACUCGGUGCUACAUAUACCAUGGAAGCUCUGACGCAGGGGUCCAGAUCUUCAGUCCAUUGCAGUGAUGCUUCAGAACAUAAGUUGGGCACACCUGUGGCUCUUAUGCUGUUACGAUUGUGGGCUCUGGCCCUGGGGAUCACGGAAUCCUCGAUACGAGCACAGGACAGCUUUCUGAACCUAGGAGGAGACUCAGUCAUGGCAAUCCACGUUGCAGUUCAAGCCCGAUCCAAAGGAUUGGACUUAGCAGUUGCAGAUCUUCUCGAGUGCAAAGCGCUGACUGACCUGGUCGAUCUCGUCGCCGCUCGGCCCAAAAUUUCCGAGGCACUCAUGGUCCCGAAACCCUUUUCCCUAUACGAUCCAGACACUGCCCGUCUCAUUCGCAAGGAGCUGACACAUCUUGAAGCCCAUCACGGAAUUCUUGAUAUCCUCCCCACGACAGCAACCCAGAACUUUUUCUUGACUCAAUGGUCACUCACCGGCUAUUGCUGCAUGUUACAUGGGUCGAUUGAUGUCAACAGACUGCAGGCUGCGUGUAGGGCUGUAGUCCACCGACACAGCAUCCUGCGCACGGUAUUCACCCGGCUUUCCGAGGGUGGUUUCGUGCAGGUCGUCUUGAAGACUGCUGAGCCCACCCUGGAACACCGUUUAGUCAUCGAUGAAAGACUGGAAGAUGUCUGCGCGUCUACCGUGGAGAAAAUGAUCACCGAGACCGCACCGACAAUCGGAAAACCGCUGGUGCGCUUCAUGCUCGUAUCCAGAUCAGACAAGGAGCACGCCCUUUUGAUUCGCGUCUCUCACGCCCAGUAUGAUGGAAACACCUCGCCUAUCCUCUUCCGAGACAUUUCGGCGGCGUACAACAGCAACCAAAACGACUGCUGCAGCGGCAUGAACCUCCUCCCCGCCGCAGCUCCCUUCCAACGUUACCUGUACGCCCCGAACAAGAACCGGGCCUUCCCUGACGACGACCCAGCGAUUCAAUUCUGGCGUCAGAACCUGCAGGGCGCGUCCAUGACGACUCUAACCCCAGCCCUUGGAAACGGCACCGGCAACUCAGAACCAGAAACACGCAUAAUUACCACGCCCGUCAGCGGGUCCCUCCCCACUGUCUUCGACAACAUCACCGUGCCAACCCUCUUAAACGCAGCAUGCAGUCUCCUUCUGGCCGAUGUAGUCGGCAAGAACGACGUAAUCUUAGGCAAUGUAAUGGACACGCGCGGGGCGGUCGCCUUCCCGGGUAUCGAAAACACCCUGGGGCCCUGUCUGAAUAUCAAUCCGCUGCGGGUACGACUAGAGGGGCGCGGGAGUACGACUUUUGCGGCGCUCUGCCACUCUCUCAGCGAGCAGUAUGCACAGGUGACACGCCACGCGGCGGCGUGGGAUCUACCUGACAUCGUGGAGCACUGCACUGAUUGGCCCGCGGACACGCAGAUGGGCUGUAUCAUUAACCAUCUGCGGCCGGAGACUGGGCCGCUGCCGCUAGCGCUUGACGGAGUGGCUUGUAUGUCGCUCGAGAAGUCGGUGCAGAUCCAUCUGCCGCGCCAGCUGCUUUUCCGAUGCAUUGCUGGACGGGAUAGGCUAGAGGUUCAAGUUCUGACCUCGGCCGCGCUGAUGGAUAGGGCGUCGGCGACUCGGCUUGCUGAGAGGCUUGUUGCUGCUGCCUUGGCUCUGUCUGAGGCUCCUGGUACUCUGUUAGCUGACAUUAGUGUUUAUUUGCACUUCUACUGA